AUGUCGCUGGCCGCAGGCCUUGCGGGCUACGCUGCCUCAGCACUCCUGAUGUUGAUUGGUCUACUGAUCGGUUCCCAGGAGAAUCAGAUCAGCCUCAAUUACCAGAUUUUGCCUUUGGCCUUGAAGUUGGUCUUACGGCCCUUGCUGGGAGAGCCCUCGGCCACCGAGCAACUGGACCCCUUCAGCGACCCAGUCAGUGUGGCGUUCCCCGCCAGUCCGGUGCUCAUCGGAGGCAUCGUUGGUCUGGUCAUCACAUCCCUCAACCUCUUGUCCUUGGGCCGACUCGAUGGCAAAGUGCUGGCGCGCAGCUUGGGCAAGGCGGGGAACGUGGCAGGAUUCCUCAGUUUAGCAAUCCUGGUGUCUGGCAGCUUAGACAAUGCCAGCAACUUACUGUAUGCGACCUUUGCGUUCUACGCCAUUAUUCUGCAGGGUGGAUACAAUUGUCCUGCCAGGGAUUCCGUCACGGAGCCGGAUGUUGGCCUCCGAAGUCUGUCGCUGGCAUUGGUUGUUGCGGGAAUCGUAUUAUCGAUUCCUGGUUCAUUGAUUCCACAAAUAUAA